GCCAAUAAUUAAGGAAGAUUCGAGUACAUCGAGUGUCAUAAGUAAUUUUUGCAAGGAUCUUUUACAAAAUGUUGCAAAUUGUCUUAACGUCGAUGAUCGUGUAUUUAAGGGACCUUCUUCAUCAAAUAUUAUGGGGACAGUAUCUGGAGUUUCAGAAUCGUAUAACGAUUCAUCCUAUAAAGGAUCAGAAUUUUAUUGGCUUUCACUUUCUAAUGGUUAUUUUGAGGAUGAGAAGUGGUUUAACUAUGACCUACCUAAAAUAAUUGGAAAUAUUGGAUUUCCCGUAAUAUCAAUUUUUCCUGACAUCAUGAGAGUCUUAAAAAGUUCUAAACACAAAGAUUCUUUUAAAACUUUCUCACCUGCUGUUAUUCGAACUUACUUAGAUUGUAAUCGUACUAGAUGGGAAAAUACGAUACCGAGGAAAGAAGUUUUGGAGCUAUUUAAUUAUAUAUUAAGAGACAAAAAAUUUGACGAAUUAGUAGGCUUCAAGAUGAUUCCGCUCGCAGACGGUACCCUUGAUACUAUAACACAAUCUAGCAAUUCUUGCGUGUAUAUUUGUCCAGACGAUGACAUUAAAGAUAAAAUUGAUGAGCACAAUAUCUUCAAAAGUUAUUUGAACAAAUUUGUUGACAAAUCUAUUGAAUUUGAAUUGUAUAAAUGUUUAUACAAUAAUGCAAAGGCAGGAUGGAAUCUAAAUAUCAAAAUUUUAAAUGAGUCUGUCGUUGCCGAUAUGAUUAGAACUUCAUUAAAUCUUGAUACCAACGAGGGUAGUCGAAUAAGGUCCAUCUUUGGUAGUAUUGGAAAAAAAAUAAGAAAUUCUUUUUCUGAUAAUGAAGAAAUACAAAUAUUAGAUCGUCGUGAGUGGAUUUACCAAUUAUGGGACAACCUUAAAUAUAGAAAUUGGGAUUUGAGAAAAUUUGAAGAUCUUCAUUUAAUACCGACGAGAAAGUCUACUCUUAGAAAAUUAAAUACCUCAAAAAAAGUAUUUUCUCAUCAAAUGAGCAAUAAUGUUUCAAUAUUAAAUUUAAUUCCUAUUUUCGAAAAAUUUGGUGCUGUUUUCGUUGAUAAUGAAUUUGACGCUGGCGAAAUUUCUAAAUGGGAUAAGAUGGCUCCUUAUAUUAUUAAUCCUGACGAUAUUAUAUCAGUUCUGAAUUCUUUCCGUACUGAUGUCUCAUUUCCGGGAAAUUUGCAUUGCACGUUACAAAAAUAUGAAGCAUCAGCGCUAAUUGAAUAUUUAUCCGUUUAUUUACGACUUGCAACUAGAUUUUAUCUCGAGCCGAGGCUUAUUGGUGCUAUAAAACAUCUUCCAAUUUUUGCCGAGAUUGAUAAUAAUACUUCUACAAUUUCGUUGUCGUCUAAAGAAUGGUAUCUUUUGCCUAGGAAUGAGGAAAAUUCAUAUGGAAAAAUUAUUUAUCCAGUACAGAAGGGAGGAUUUCUUAGUGCGAGUUCACAGAAUUUAUGUUAUAUAUUAGAAGAUAUUAUCCAUAUUCCUCGAUUAACUGUAUAUGAAUAUUGGCGACACUAUGUUAUACCAUACCUUGAAUCGCAACAACAAAACGACAUAGAUAUAGUGAUUGACAAACUUUUUGAUCGAUUACCAUCCUUACUUGAUGAUGACCUAAAUUUGAAAGAUGUUCUAGGAGGAAUUUCUUUUGUACCUGUUGGUACGUUUAAAAUGUCACAGCAACAAAACAUACCUGCUAAUAUAAAGUUAGUCAAACCAACAGAAUUAUUUGAUCCAGAAGAAAAGGCGUUGGUAAAUCUAUUUUUCGAUGAAGAACAAGUCUUUCCUAUUGGCAAAUAUGGUAUUCCACAACCCUCAUUUUCCAAAAAAUUCCUUUUAAAUUUGAGAUCAUUGGGAAUCAAACCAGUUCUUUCUCCAAAUGAUGUCAUUUCUCGAAUCAAUACUAUUGUAACACGAAGACUGCAAUCUGACGUUCAGGGCAAAGCAUUAAACCUUUUUAAAUAUAUUGAUGAAAAUUGGGAUGUGCUUAAUGAUAAUGAUACUCAAAACCAGAUGACUCGUAUGACAAAUAAUAACAAUCAUGCAUUCUUGAAAGUAAUUCUGGAAAAAGAAUGGAUCCCAUCCUUUGACGCGUCUGAGAAACUGGUCUUUUCGAAGCCUAAAAAUUGUUAUUGUCAAAAAGACAAAAAUUUGAUUAGUCUGGUCUCUCCGGUAAUCGAAAUUAAAGUUAAUAACGAGAAAUUUUUACAACAUUUAGGAUGGGAUACUUAUCCUGAAGUUGCGAAGGUUCUAAAACAGUUGGAACUUUGUUAUAAAGGUGUUUCUAAUAAGCAACCACCCAAGAAUUUGAAAACAAUUUGUACAGAGAUUUAUAAAUAUAUGAAUGACGCCUUUAAAGCAAGUGAUAAUAAGUCUAAAGAAGAAUUUGAUACUAUGAAGAAAUAUUUGAAAUAUAAGCCGUGGAUUUUAUAUGAAGGACAAUUUUAUCCAACUGAAAAGGUUGUCUUUAGUCUUCCAAAUAAAUUUCAAAAUAAUGAUUCUUUGAUUGUUGAACUUCCUAUAGAAUAUAAUAGUAAAUUUAAAUCUUUAUUUAAACAUAUGGGAGUUCGAGAUGAAAUUGGAGUUAAAGAUUUAAUCACAAUGAUUAAAAAUACGUUGAAAGGAAAUAAAGAUAAAGUCUUAUCUGCAAAUGAAAUAAACAAUGUUAUUCGAAUUAUUGAACAAAUCGUAAAGAUUCAAAAAGAAAGUAAGAGAGAAGGGGAUAAGUUGGAAAAAUUAGAUGGUUUAUUGAUUCCAAGUAAUGACAAUAUGCUUGUUGAAUUACAUGAAAUUCACUUUGAUGAUAUGGAUGAUAGACUUGAAGAAGAAAUGAGAAGCAAACUUAAAAUUACUCAUAAUCUUGUAACUUUGGAUGUUGCCAGAGAAUUGGAAAUCCAAACUUUAACGGGAAAAAUAUACGGUAAUAAUAAUAAACUAGUGUAUUCAAGAUUAUAAGGUUUAAUGUUUUAAGUAUAAUUUAAAUAAAAAUUUAUCAAUUAUAGGUAAUAAUUAUGCCGGAGAUAUAGAUUGGAAGAUAUAUGAACAAAACGAAUCAUUGACUACUAGAAUAAAAAAUAUUAUCAAGGUAAUUAAUUUUUCGAUAUUAUAUUAAACCAAACAAUUCUGAUGAUUAAAAAUUAUACAUUUUGAUUGUUAAUGUAUUAUAUUGG